CUAGACUGAAGAGGAAGGCGAACGGAUGCACUCCAUCACAUCAUGCAAGACGCAACCUCUGUAUAGGAGGCGCUGCGUGAGCACUUAACGUGUGAUGGAUUUAGCGCGUAAUGACAGGAAGACACUAGAAAUCUGAAAGAGACUGUGCUUUUUUGCACGUUUUUGCAGAAGCAGAAAGGUCCGAGGAGAAGAAGUGGUUAACAUGAAGAGCUCAGUGGUGGUGGCGUCUCCGAAGCGUGCGAAUGACCAAUUCCUGGUGAGAGAACAUUGCCUGCCUUCUUUGGGAAACGACCUUGUAAGCACUUGAGGCCAUCCACCCUCUUUAUCUAUAUCUUUCAUUCACUAUAUUUAUGGUUCACAAGACUGCUUGCAGUGUGUAGAAGUUGUAUAUGUUCCUUUUGGUCCUCCAUGGAUAUUUUGGCCCUCCCUUAUGGUAAAAUGCUGGUUCUGGGGGCCAUCUCUGCUGCCUCAGCCUUCGUUGUCACCAUCCUCAUUGUGCUGGUGUGUGUGGGGUGUCACACGAAAAGCAAAAGUAAACACAGUCAUGCCAGUGUGGGGAGUCAAAAGAGGGACAUGGGUGUUCUUCAUCAGUCCAAGCUGAGCUCCAUGAGUAAAUCUGACACAAGACUGCAUGAGAUGCACCGACUGCCCUGCCGUGCAAAUGGUGCCCCUAAGGAUCGGCCAGCCAGCAUGGACCUACUGUUGCUGCAAAGUCACCGCUCAGUCUCUGACCUCCACCCUCUAACCUCUAGCUGCCAGCUGCCCCGCAUCCCCACUGGCCCUGAGAGUGAGGAGCGUGAACAUCUCUACCCAGAUGACGAAGGACUAUAUGAAAGAGUUGGCGUGUGGAGAGCUCCUCCCCCAGCUCCAGUUCUGAAUUCAAUACAAAGCCAAGCAAUUACUGAGAACAUACAAGGAGCAGGAGGAGAAGUGGAGAGUAGAGGGCUGAAUGAGGCAGGGCAAGCAGACGUGAUGGCCGAGUAUGCCUGUGUGAGGAAGGUGAAAAAGCUGGACAGAGAGAUGAGGCAGGAAGGAUCAGAGGAGGAAAAUACAUCAGAGUCAUCCAACAGCGCUGUUGACAGAAAAAUUGUGGAGCCUUUCCACAUACCCAGCUUCCCCAAGGGGAGAGUGUCCAUGGGUAAUGGAGAGGAGUACAUAUGGAAGCCUCCGGAAGAAAGCAACAUUCACUCGUUGAGGGAUCCAGCACUGGAGAAUGGCCACAGCAAUGCCAGCACCACCGAGAUCUUUGAGACAUACUCCACCAUCUGUAAACCCCUGAAGAAAGAACAUCUGGGGUCAGCACAGCAGAUCAGUGGGCAAGUAGGCUCUGGAGAGAAGGGCUCUAAUGGACCUGUAUCAUGGCCGUCAGGGGAGCACUGCUAUGAGGCAGUGGGAGAGAAAACUUGGCCUAAGGUGCUAGAUUCUGACCCGGCCUAUGCCACUGUCAACCCCAUGCAAAAGAGAGAAAUGCUGUGCAGCAGCACAUUAACGCCAAAGAAGUGUUGUGGGCCUCCGCAGGGACCAGAGACGGCCAUGACCUGCGAGAACUUUUAUGAGAGCAUUGGGGACGUGAAGCAGGGUACCAACACCACCAGCACCACCACCAUCUUCACCUUUAAUGAUGGCAUGGAGAUGUACGUCACAGGGCUGUAGAGAUCUUGGUUGGGUGCAUGUGAAUUCAAAAGAAGUCUGAAAAAUAGACUAGAAUGUGAGACGUCAACAUACAUGCAUACACAAAUUUUGGUGUAAAGCAGUGGAGAUCGAUAUACACCUGUCUGUAAUGUACCUGUGAUAAGCACAUAUGUAUGAAUACAAUGUGUACUUGAGACGAGAUAUUAUAUUUUUGUUGCGAACACAGACGAAUGAGCACAUACCAUAGACUUUUUUCAGACUAAUAGAGUCAACCUUUACAGCUCCAAAAGGUCUCUGAGAGGCAAAGCAUCAAAUCUGGCUUCUCUGCUGUGAUACAAUCUCUACUGAAAGCAUUGGGGUAAUGCAUGGCCUCGUCAAGACCUCAGCAGAUCUGUCUUUAAAAUUAUUCUUCUUUAGUCUCACUCAUUUGCACCAGUGCAGAAGAUUUUGUUUAUUAAAGGGUAUUUAUGUUAUGUGUGGAAUUUUAGAUGGUAUAGAUAGCUGUGCAUGUUUCUGUUGGUGAUAUUGUACCUCUGGGCAGACUUAAAAGCCAUAAAGGAAAUAAUUCUUGAAUACUACAGCAGUUUUUGUUUCUUUUUUUUUUUUUCUUUUUUUUUUUUUUUGAAUAACAUGGCAUAUAUCCUCCACCCAUUUUUUGGCAGCCAGAAAACCUAGAACAGUUGAACAGUUGACAGCAUGGUUUUCCCCCACAGAGAAAGAGUCAGUCUCCUUUUUAAUGUCCCAGUCUGGACACUCAUUAAUUUCCUAGAAAAGAGGCAAAGGUUUUUCUAGGAAAUAGAGAUGAGGAAAAAAAAAGAGCACUUUGUUAACAAAGCAAGGCUCAACACAUGAAGUUAACGGUGUUAUUUCUUUGUGGUAUUGUAGACAUUUGGGUUUAUGGGGCGUGUAGUACUGGCAUGCAGGAGCACUGUGGUCAGAUUGGCUUGUGCAGGGCUGAAGUCUGUAAUGGCUAUGUAUCUCGCAGGGUCCACAUUCUGUCCUCAGGUGCCAGAUCUGGACAAUGGCCUCUGGUUUUUUUGGCUGUUGGCUGGCCUAAACAGCACUGCUUAACACAGGAUAAGGUAAACCUAGCACCAGCUCUGGUCACUACCAAGAAUCUUUCAGAAGGAAGCCUCCUGCUGUAGGCUUUCUGCAUGUUACAGUACAAUCCACCAAAAAAAAAAAAGGCUUUUCACAUGCCGCAUGGCACAUGUGAGACAUUUGGAAUUUGGAACUGGGUCAUGGAAUUGGGACACAGUGUGUACUUUAUAAUUAUUAAAUCUAUUUACCAUAGAGGCUAAGGGAAAAUUCUGUGCAGUUGUGAGGGUAUAAUAUUUAUUGAAUGAUUAGCUCAGGGAUCAGUUUAAAUAUAAAUUUAAGUAUGUGGGGUUAUGUCAAAUACAGUAUCUUUUAUCAUACAUAUACCAUAUAUCAAGAUUAUAUGAGAUUUUUAUUUAUUUUCUGAAAAAUAAAAUGUAUCAUUGUUUACUUUCCACAUUUAUUAUAAUUGUUAAGAAUGCUAGCACCACUGCCAUGCAUGUGUUUCAGUGUUUAAUUGGUUAAUCUUGCAUAUGUGUGCAUUUUAUAAAACGUAAUACUACAUUUUCUACGUGGUAUUUAUUCUACAGGAGAAUAAUUUUAUAAAAUAAUGUGUUCCCAAAAUCUGUGCUCAGAAUUGAAUCAUGCAGUAAAUAUUACGUAUUGCAAAAAAAGGAGCAGGCCAGGAGGAGACAUCACGCUAUUGCGUUGUGUGAUGAAUUACACAGUACAUAUCAGCAUGAGUUUUUAAAAGCAGUAUGGAUGCGCACACCCAAAGCAACCCCAAACCAUUGAUCAGCAUUACUAAUGUGCAUCCUUGAGACACAACAGUUUCCAGAUUGGAGAAGUGUCCCUCUCUUUACUUCAAGUUCCUCUGACUCAUGAAGCUGUCUGCUAAAGCACAGACCUUCAGGCCUUGUAUUAGCACAUGUAGAGCUGGAAUAGAAGGAAUAGAACCAAACUGCAUCCAAACUGCAUUUUCAAUGAAACUAAUUAUCCCAAGGUGUGAAGAUUUCAUGCCAGCCCCCCACAAUGCCCCAUGGUACUGCUGUUUCAUGAGCUGAGCACACGUAUGCUUUGGAUAUGCUUCCUACAGACAUUCAGUUAAAUCUUUUUGUCAGCUCUGCUUCUUAUGCAUUUGUCCAGGAUCAGCUUAUUGCAGCUGAAUGUUGUGCAACUAGAGUUUAGUAUGUAAACUUUUGGUCUCAGUAAUAUAACAGUGUGAAAAAGAAUUGUAACGUUUUCUACCUAAUAAUUCAUUAAAUUGUUGCAUUUUAUUUUUGUAAUAAAGUUGAAUAUUAAAGCAAUAUGUGUGUUAACUGUUAUGCAGUUUACAAAAUAGUUUUAUCCCCACGAUAAUGUAAGAAUGUUUUUAGCGUGAACAGCAUGUGGAGAAAACAUCCCACGUGACAGCUUUCUGCGUGUGUUGUAAGUUUUCAGGCACAGUUCCUAUCAGUUCUGUGUGUGUGUGUGUGUGUGUGUGUGUAAGGUGGAUCAAAUAUUAAAAAAAACCCACCUCAAAUCGCUAUCAC